AUGGUCAUGAUGCCACCCUCUACUCCUAAGUCUCCUCUUCUUAGCUCGUCACUUGAAGAAGAUAAAAGAUUUAAAUGCUACAGGGGUGUCCGAAAGAGGUCCUGGGGAAAGUGGGUGUCUGAAAUAAGAGUUCCAAAGACGGGAAGACGAAUAUGGCUAGGUUCAUAUGAUGCUCCAGAGAAAGCAGCUCGAGCCUAUGACGCUGCUUUGUUUUGCAUCAGGGGUGACAAGGGAGUUUUCAAUUUUCCCAAUGAUGAAAAGCCUCAGCUUCCUGAAGGUUCUGUCCGGCCUCUGUCCAAGCAUGACAUACAGACAAUAGCAGCAGAUUAUGCGUUAUCGGUUGCGUUUGUGCCUUCUUCCCCUACCACCACAACCCAGGCAACAGAUCAGGUUCAUGCUUCUCCUGAUGCAUUUGUUUCUACUGAGAUUAUGGAGAUGGAUAAUGAGCAUUAUUAUCUCCCAGUGGACGCAACUGAAGAAUCAAUAUACUCGGUAGAAGACUUACAGCUGGACAAUUCCUUUAUGAUGGACAUUGACUGGAUAAACAAUCUAGAUUAA